AUGGUGAAGCAGUUUCUCUACUCGGAGUAUGAGCGACAACUGGCCCGAUCUCCCGCCGGUAGGUUUGAUAUGGUGAAGCUCCGGACCAAAGACUGUGUGCGACUUAUACUGGAACUGGCCGAAGAAGAUCCUAUCACAAUCAUCAUCGAUGGCCUCGAUAGUAUCGAUGAUGAUGAUAAGUAUACGCUCAUCAAGACUCUCGAUGACAUAGUCUCCCAGGCCGACAAUGUGGUGAAGAUCUUCGUCACGAGCAGAAGCUCUAACCAAGCCGCCAUGAUACCAACGGCCGCCUUCAAAACCCAAAUCACUCCUGAGGCCACGAGACAAGACAUGGAGGCUUUCGUGAAGCAUCAAAUUGACGCCGCGCUGGCAGCCAAAUUGCUACUCGGGGGAGUUGUGUUGGAGGAAGCCCUACUUGAAGGUGCUGGUGAGAUGUGA